GAUUACUGAGGGAUCAUUUCAACAUAUUUUCCAUUUUUUGACAGCAAGGGGUCAACAAUGUAAACAAAAUAAACGUCACUGAUAUGUAACUACCUUCCAAACAAUGGCUGCCUAUACUCUGGUCGAUGAUGUUCCAACAAGCCAGGGUCUCCCAAUACUUUCACCUGACCCUGAAGACAGACGAAUCACCCAGCAAACAAGCCUACUUGACAAGAAAGCUGACUUCAAUAUUCUUGAGAAGUUGAAACAUCUAAGAGAUAAUAAACGGUUUUGUGAUGUCAUUCUUGAAGUAAGAGGUGUGAAGUUUAUGGCUCAUAAGAAUGUCCUAGCAUCUUGGAGUCCUACUUUUGCUUCCAAAUUAUUCAACGAAGACAGGAAUGUUUUCAGAGAUUACAUCAUGGUCUUUUAUGACAAUAGUGAAGUUUUCUCAGACUUGCUUGAUUUCAUGUACAAUGGGUAUGUAGCUCCAAGAGAAACAAACUUUCUGCAACUUCUUCAUCUAGCUGUGAGUUUUCAGAUUGAAACACUGAAGAAUUACUGUGAAGAGUUUCUACGCUGCAAUCUCCACCUCGGAAACUUUGUAAGCACAUACUUCUUGAGUCGAAAAUUUAAGCUAGAGACGCUGGAAGAAUACAUUGUUGGAUUUCUGCAGCUGAAUCUCUCUGACACUGUCAAGCAAGGGGAGUUUCUGUCUCUGAAAGCUGAGAAGUUCAACACUUUCUUGUCAGAAGGAUGGAUGAAAAAAAUCAAACCAGAGAUCAAACUUUUCCUGAUAAUAAGUUGGGUUGGUUAUGAUGUUCAAGAAAGAGAAAAGUUUCUAGUGUUGUUGCUUGGACAUAUUGACUGGUCUACUGUGGCCAAUGAUUUUCUCCUGGAGAUCAAUCGCACAGAGAAUUUCUUCACAUCUCAUGAAUCAAGUUUGUAUUUAUUGCUUCAAACUUUGUACAGUGCUGGUAUUGCACUUGGUCCAUACAAGGAAGUCUUCCCAGGUCUGAGACAAUCAUAUUCUGGUAUUCUAAAAGAGGUUGUUCAUGCUAGUCUUCUGAAGAAUGACUCUGAAACAUUUCACCCAGUAACUAUAACAGUAAAAGAAAGACCAGUCUUUAAAGAUGCUUCAGUUAACACAACAUUGUCUUCUCUCCCGUGUCACCUUAAAGAUGCUUCUGUAAACACUGAUGUGAACAAUUCACACUUUGUAGAUUCAGAAAUAGUGCAUGAACCUGUAAAUGAAUUGGUACAAGAAGUGGAACCUACUGUUAGUAAUCUUCCAGAGCCAAAGUAUGAUCAGUUUGAGACCCUUGGAGAGUUCAUUGAAGCUGAGAUCCAUGAAAUUAAACUGCGGGAAACUCAAGAGAGGUUGCAGAAGGAAAAACAAUUGGAACAAGAAGUAACCCUGAAUGAAAUGAGUCAAAUAACAUCUAGCAAUACAAAUGUUGAAACACCUGUAAAGAAGAAAUCACCAAAGAAGAAAGUGAAAUCAACAAUUACGGAAAACGAUGAACUUCAAAACCUUGCUGAAACAAAUUUCAAUAUGUCUAAAGCAGUGUCAGAGAAAUCACCGAUACAGGCGAAAAAUGAAAAAAAGAGUAAUACACCUAAAAAACAGGUAAUAUUAAUUGAUGACUUUGAUGAGUUUCAUCCUCAUGAUGCGGAGUACAAACCUUGUGCCCAGGAAUUAAAGCAAGCGGAACUUUAUGAAGCUAUGGAUGAGGAGGAUGAAGAGAAGGAUAUGCAAGAUCUUGCUAGAGACUCUGUUGUUAAAAGUAUCAAAACUGGAGGGAAGACAACACCAAAAAGUAAAAGGAAACUAGUCAAAGAUUUCAAACAGGAGUCAAAUAAAGUUCUAUCAUGUCAGUUUGAUAAUUGUGCUUAUAUAACAAAAGUACCUCAAAGACUUGAGAAGCAUAUAAAAACAGCCCAUGAAACUUCAUUUGAGCUGAAAUGCAACCUGUGUGUUUUUGAAACAAAAGAGGUUCGAAAAUACAACACACACAUGAAGCAGCAUUUUCCUGGUCCCCCCUUCCACUGUGACUACCCACGAUGCACCUACAGUUCUGAGAAGAUACACACGAUGUUGACACAUAGGAUAUCGCAUACAGAUGACCGACCGUUUACGUGUGACUGUGGAAUGAGGUUCAGAACAAACAACACAUUGAUAGCACACAAAAAGACACAUCUUGGUCGGAAAGACUACACUUGCCCUGAAUGUGCUACACCGUUCGCCACCAAGAACACGUUAAACCAGCACUUGGUAACCCAUAGCGACUCGCGGCCGUACCUCUGUGAUCUGUGUGGUUUCUCUACAAAGUUCCAGUCUCACCUUAUAGCACACAAGAGGAUACAUACUGGUGAGGUGUUCCGAUGCCAGUUUCCCAACUGUCAGUACUUCUCACCAAAACGCAGCCAGCUUAAGGGCCACAUGCGUUCUCAUCUCGGCAUUAGAGCGCACAUCUGUGAUGUCUGCAGCAAAACGUUUAUUGAGCGGAGCCAUCUUAUACGCCAUCAAAAAAUACACACCAACAAUCGCAUUUGUUGUGAAUUGUGUGAAUACACAACUACCCGAAAAGACAAGCUUAAGGAACAUUUUAAGAAACAUCAUACUGGGGAAGUAACUUUAAAGGCUAAGAAAUCCAAGUCAUUAUUAGGUGGUAAAAACAAAUCAAAUUCGAAAAAGUUGGCUGACAAUGUUUUGACUUCCAGUGAUCAGAGUGCAUUAGAGUCUCAAGGUCCCAUACCAAUGAAAUGGGACCACGGGGGUUAUUCCUUGUCCCAGGUCCAGAAUGGGACAGACGCCCAUGAAGGUGGGGAGACUUUAUUAAGCGCAGAUGGUACAUAUUGUGUCCUCAGAGAAACAUUGACCUCAAACGAGACAAUACAGCCAAUAUUGACCAUGGAGCAAAUUAAUUCACAAAUGAGUGUUGCGAAAGCGUUGGAGGCAAGUGGGGCAAUAGUAAGUCAGAAUGGAGGAAUUAUGCAUGGAGGUGUCGAUGGUAGUUUAAAUUCAGGUGUUCCUGUACUGAACUUGUUGAACAGCCCUCUUACAAAUGUUGAGGGUGUGGGUGCCGGUCAAAUUGUAACGUCAAGAAUGGAUACAGAAAACGGGCCAGCUUAUACAAUUGUUCAGUCUUCUACAGGAUUAACUAGUCAUUCACAGGAGUUGUCUGGUCUUAAUGCAUUUAUGGCUUUCAUUUGAUUGUUCAGCUUAAGCCAUUUUUAAACAUGUUUCAAAGAGGGGUUACAAAUUCUAAUUAAUUAAUGAAAAUUACCAUACUCAAAUGAAUGAAAUUAAGUUUAAGUAACUAAUUCAUGUUUAAAAACAUUUUACACUGAACAGGUUCUAUUUAAAACAACAUUCAAGCAUAAGCAUAUAUAUGUAUGUAUGUAUGUAUUUCUUUAGACCUUGCGGUCAAGGAUAACCCUUGAAAGUGCAAGCACUUAUUUCCAACGGGGUCCUUUGCUUUUGCUGAAGGGACAGCUCGACGAAGAGACAGUGGUGGGAUACAAGGAAGUCCAGGUGCGAUACCCUAGCUCUUUUUCGAAGAGGCCCCUUGGUUCUUUUACGUGCUUGGUGUAAAGCACUGAUACACGGGGUACAACUUUCCUGGGUUAAACCAGUACUGAGUACACCACUUUUCAAAGCACUACCCUUUACGUGCCGAGCGCCAGGCAAGGGAGCUACUUGUACCAAUUUUUAACGUCUUUUGGUAUGACCAGGGAUCGAACCCACGACCUCCUGCUCCGUAGGCGGACGCUUAACCACUAGGCCACGGAGACGGAUUUAUUAUGUAUUAUAUCUAAUUUCAUAACAAGAGUAAGAAAAGCUGAAAAAUGAACUCUUUUUUUAAUUCGUCAGAAUGAAAAGGAUCUUGCCAAAAAUAGUGCAUGCACAGGAGUUUCUGCUGUUACGACUUAUAUUUUGAGAGAAUUAAUAAGAAUAAAUGCUAUUUGUAAACAUCUACUACUGAAUUAUCCAUUUGUUAAACACAUGUACAUACAUGAACUAGCAUGGAAUAAGUGAAUAAUUAUUAAGGGUUGCAAUUCUAUUAAAAUAGAAUAGUGAUAAAUUAUACUAACUGAUUUAGAAGUUUAUAUUUUAUGCCAAUAUUUCAUUUUUUAAACAUCAAAUAUUGUAUAGAAUUUGUUCAAGUGAUCACUUUUUACUUGAUAAUUUUACAUCAAAAAUGCUUGUUUUUUUAUAUGUGAUGUUUAAAAUCACAGCCUUAAUAUACAGUAUUUAUAUUUUGUCAUCAAGUUAAAAAGAUUCAUUAAUGAUAUCUGAAGGUGUAUGUUUUAAUGAUAUUUGUUUAUACAUUUGUUUAGGAUGUUUACUGUUUGCAAAGAUGUUUUGAUCAUAUAUUGAUAUGCAUGCAUGGAUAAUAUCAAAUAAAA